GGGAUGCUAGGUCUUUGUAUUCUGUGUGUGGAUUGACUGAUGAUGAGAGCAGCUAUCCAAUCACAGAAUCUGUUUUAGAUCUUUGUAAGGGAGUUUUCGCGGGAAAUGAAACAUGGCGGACAAGAAGAGUAAGAAAUCCGGACCUGCUCAACCCCCGCGGAAGAAAGCUAAGACAGACGAUGGUGGAGGCGACAGUGGCACCAGAACAGCUGCACUUCAUGAUGAUCUAAAGGCCAAGUUCAAAGUUGAUCUGCCUGAUGAUUUCUACCAGCUCUGGGACUUCUGUAAGACUCUGGAUGCAACAAAUCCUGCAGGAGCAUUGGACGACGCACUGGGCCUGGAGCUUGUUGGUCCUUAUGAUCUCCUUGCUGACAAGGUGGUCACAGAAGGUGCUCAAGAUGCAGACUUCCUCCUGCACUGGAGAUACUUCUACGACCCACCUGAGUUCCUAACUGUCAUAAAGGGAGAUGACGAGACACAGCAUCAUAUUGGUUACUUCAGAGAUGAACCUAACAAGAAACCAGUGUUUGUAGCCUCCAACCAUGCCCAGAAGAACCACACCAUUUCCCCCCAGGGAGAUAACCUGUUUGCAGCUGUCAAAUUACAUCUCAACAAAGUCUUGAAACAAACCAAGGACAAGAAGAAGAAAGAAGGGUUGAACAAACUGUCUGUCAAACUGGAACAGCAGGCAAAGGAGGGAGGGUACUCACUCGAGGAACGACCUGCAUCUUUCAAGGGAAGACGGAAGAAGAUGGUGACCCCAACGUUCCAUGGUGCUGGAAUCGUGGUGCCCUUGGACAGUAAUGAGGUGGGCUACCGGGAGCUCCCUGAGACUGAUGGUGAUCUUAAGAAGAUGCUGAAGAAAGUCGUUGAGGCAAAGGAUGACGAUGAGCGGAUGACACAUUUCGGCGACCUGCAGGAAAUCAUCACUCUGGUGCAGUUUGCGAAUGACGAGUGUGACUACGGGAUGGGGUACGAGUUGGGAAUAGACCUGUUCUGUUACGGGUCGCACUUCUUCCACAAGGUCAUCAGGAACCUGUUACCGCUGGCGUAUCAGCUGUUGGGGAGAGACGACUUCGGAACAGUCAUCGAGGCACAUCUAGACGACAGGAGAAAAACAGAUCUGGCCAGGCUCAGGCAAAAGUGACUGUUAAAUGU